AUGGGUAUUGGAAUUGGUGGUUAUGAUAUGAGGAUAGGAUGGUAUGAUUUGGGGAGGAAAGGAGAGGAGGGGAGGAGGGGAGGAGGGGAGGAGAAGGGGGAGGAGAAGGAAGAGAAGGAGGAGAAGGAGGAGAAGGAGGAGAAGGAGGAGAAGGAGGAGAAGGAGGAGAAGGAGGAGAAGGAGGAGAAGGAGGAGAAGGAGGAGAAGGAGGAGAAGGAGGAGAAGGAGGAGAAGGAGGAGAAGGAGGAGAAGGAGGAGAAGGAAGAGAAGGAGGAGAAGGAGGAGAAGGAGGAGAAGG